ACCAGUUGGAGUAGGAAGAAGAACAAAACGCCUACGCGGUUCACAUACACUUUUACACACGGCAGCACACGGAACACGCACACACAUUGCUUGUGCACCUCCUCCGCCGGAUCACGAGCCAACCGCACCUCAGCCGGCGGGGUAAGAGCGCGAGACGAUGGCUGGCCGGAGCAGCAGCCGUUCCAUGGUGUCCGCGCACCGGCUCUUCGCGCCGGCGCCGGCGCGCACCCUGCAGCACGCGGCCGACCCGGCCCUGGAGCUCGACGAGGCCGACAUCAUCUGGGGCGGCGCAGCGCUGGCGUCGUCCCCGCCGGCCGACGCGUACGGGCGGGCCCUGUCCACGUCCACUCCCUCCAGGGCCUCCAAGCCACGCGCCGCGGCGCCACGAGAUGCCGCCGGUGGCGGUGGAGGCGUCGGGGGCCCGGCGUCGCUGCCUGUCAACAUCCCCGACUGGUCCAAGAUCCUGGGGUCAGAGUACGGCGGGGGCAGCGCCGGCGCGGGGCGGUGGCCGUCGGACGAUCGCGGGGACGCGUACCUGGACCGCGGCGACCGGCAGUGGGUGCCGCCGCACGAGCAGCUCAUGUACCGGGAGCGCGCCGCGGCGUCCUUCUCCGUGCGCGAGGGCGCCGGGCGCACGCUCAAGGGCCGCGACCUCCGCCGCGUCCGCAACGCCAUCUGGGAGAAGACCGGCUUCCAGGACUGAUCCUGAUCCGGCCCGCCUACGGCGAUCCAUCGUCCGUGCCCUUACGAUUAAUUUGAUGAGUUUUUCUUUUCUUCUACGAGUAGUUUGUGAUCGGUGACGAGAAUGAGAUGCAGCGGAUGGUAGUAGAGAUUGGUUAAGCCUCUGGUUUUGGCAGUUUUCCCCGGAGAGGCCGGCUGGCUCGAUGUACUACCACUAAAACAACCAGCGAAUCGAUUGCUCCUUAACAAAGAUGAUGAGUACGAGUUGUACCAGCAA